UUGGCAGCUGGUUGGAAGGGGCCAGACUCCAGAUUAACGUACAAGUACAAGUACCACCUCACCUCCGUUGCCGUUGCCAUGCUCGCAUGCUCGCAUGCUCUCGACUCCGUCUCCUGUCAGUCUCAGCGAUGAUUCGAGCCGCCAGCACAUAUGAGACGCCCAACUAACUGCCUAGACACAUUUUAAUACUGCAAUCACACCGGUGACACCACCACUUACUCCCCGUUUCGGCAACAACAAUGGUGACCACCACAAUCCGCCUGGGCACGGCAUCGCCGGGGACCCGAGCUACCACGGCCCAAACCCUGGCCGAGCUGGAGCAGUUUGCCCGCCGUGCCGCCACAAAAAAGAUCGACCUCCUCUUGCUGCCGGAAGCUUACCUCGGCGGUUACCCCCGUGGCACCCAUUUUGGGUGUGUUAUGGGCGGCCGAUCCCCCGAGGGCCGGGAGGAAUACCUCCGCUACUUCCAGGGCGCCGUCGAUCUCGGCGACACAGUGGGUGGCGGUGCUGGCGCUGGGCAGGCCUGGAUCGAUAGAACACUGCCGACUGAUGCGAUACCCGGGUCUGGCGACGAGCAGAAGCAGGUCGCCAAAAGACGUGGCGACGGCAGUCGGGAAGAGCUGGAGCGCAUCGCCCGCGAGACCGGGGUAUUUCUCGUCACGGGGCUUGUCGAGAAGGCGGGCGGUAGUUUGUACUGCUCUGUCGUCUACGUAUGCCCCAAAUUGGGUAUCAUAGGCAAGCGAAGAAAAGUCAUGCCUACCGCCAUCGAGAGGUUAGUCUGGGCCCAAGGCUCACCGGCGACCCUCCGCGCAGUGAGCACAACCAUCCGGGGUGUGCGCAUCAACCUCGCGGCGGCCAUCUGCUGGGAGAACUACAUGCCGCUGGUCCGGCAGGCCCUCUAUGCCCAAAACAUCAACCUGUACCUUGCCCCAACCGCCGACGGCCGUGACGCUUGGCUGUCCCUGAUGCGCACAACGGCUAUUGAAGGCCGAUGCUUCGUAUUGUCGUCCAACAUGUGCGUUCGCAGCCCCGCGACAGCGCCCGCUCAGGCCAACGGUCGUGUCCACCACAUCUAUCCGGAAACAGCUUUACACGACGGUGACGAGGACAGACAGAGCACGAUCGACGGCGCCAUCACAGACUCAGGCCCAAUCACCGCGCGUCGUAGCUCGUGCGUGACCGAAGAAGGCUUUGAGAUCGCACUUCCCAAAUCGCCGCACGGCCGACCGAGGAGACGGCAGUCCGUCUUUGACGACGACGGAAACGAGAUUGUUCUCUGCGGCAGUGGGAAGCGGCACACCGGGGACGAGGUUACUGCCGUCGCUGCUACAAAAGCAACAACGACUACCGCCACAACUCCGGCAAAGACGGAUUUCAUCUCCCGCGGCGGGUCUGCCAUCGUCUCGCCGUACGGCGACGUCCUGGCCGGCCCGCAGUGGGAAGACGACCACGGCAUCAUCUACGCCGACGUCGAUUUCCAGGAUUGCAUCCGCGGCCGCUUAGACAUUGACAUGGCGGGCAGCUAUUCGCGCAACGACUCGUUCAAAUUUUCCGUUGAGGGGCUAGAUCUCUCGCCGCUCCCUUACUGAUCCAACCAUGAGUGCAGGAGACGCUGAAAUUUGGACCCCGAGGAUCGCGUGUACGCAUAUCAGUCUGUUCACCCUAAGCAAGGCGCAAGUGAGGGCUUGGAUUGGAUAUUACAACAUAUAUGUGACUUUGGGUCUCCGCUCUGACUGUCAUGUAUGUAUCAGUAGCCUGUGGGUAAGCUAAGGCCGCUCGGUGGUUGCAUGCGCGAACAUAGCUGCUCUUGAUUUCUUGUGACUGAUAGGUAUCACGUUCCUAAGGAGACAAAAAAGAAAAGAAAACGCGAGACC